AUGCGAACUGGAUUUGCACACCCACUGAGCCACCCCGCCAUUCCAAUCAAUACUCUUCCUGUCGAGCUUCUUUCUCAUGUUUUCAACCUCAGUACACAUGCGUAUGCUGAAUUGAAACCUGACGAUCACCACCAAGACUCCCCGUUUAAUCCUGAAAGUGUCACCAUCCCAACGACACUUGCUUCAGUGAGCCGACACUGGAGGAAUGUAGCUUUAUCAACACCAUCCAUAUGGACAUCUCUCUGCAUAACUGUAGACGAUGUCGCCUAUUCCGACGGAACUGAUAUCAUAGACAUGCGACGUCUUGUUACCCAUCUCGUUCGAGCGCGCAAUCUACCUCUCGACAUCCUUAUCGACGCUCGCGAUCCAGAUUGGGACUUUUCAGAGUCAGAGGAGUAUGGAUAUGAACUUUACCCUAACUCUUGCGAACACCCUUUUCGCUCAAAGUUCAUGACUCAGAUUCUCGACGUCUUGUUUCCCCAUUUACAUAAAUGGCGUUCACUGGCAAUCCUCACUGAUACUUGGGCACCAAUGUAUGCUGCCGUGAGACGCCUUGGCAGUACGGCAGCUCCUAUCCCACUUGGAGCGGCUUCACCCACACCGAUCGGUGCACCCCUUCUCGAGAAACUUACACUUAUGCGUUGCAAUGAAUUCAUCAGUCAUGCUCCCGAAUUCACUCCUCGUCAUCUCAAGGAUCCAGUAUAUGCUCCUUUCACCGCCUUAUUUGGAGAAGAUGUCGAUCUUCAGUUGCCUAUGAAUCUUUUGCCGCGGUUGCGAAGCCUGACACUAUCUGGCGUCCAUGUGAAUUGGAGCACGCUAUCUCAUCUCCUUUCUGGUUCCUCUACGGCCGCCCGUGACCACAAAGCUAGUUACGGCUUACAAACUCUUGAGCUUUCGUAUCAUUGCCCCGAUGUUCGACCUAGCCACGAUGAAUUCCAUCGUAUCCUUAGAGCAUGCCCCGACAUGCGAAAAUUAGUCAUAAAGAUCUCCGGCCCCCGGUCUAAUGCAGAGGAGAGGGAGAACGGAGAUUCGGAGGAACCUAUCAGCCUUCCUUUACUGGAGGAAAUAGUGCUGGCAUAUAACGAUGCUGGAGAAGCGACCAAAGUCCUUAGCCUCAUUCACGCCCCUAGUUUGAAGACGUUGGUGAUCGAAGACGGAAUGCAUCCAGCUAAUCCGGUAGAAGAAGAUAGUGGUUGUCUGUUGGCUUACUGUGGGCGUGGUUUUUCCGAGGACCAUUUCUACACGUCAGCUAUAUCCAGCGGCAGUCACGGCCUGGAAAGUUUAACAUUUCAAUCGAGCUCGUCUACAAAGCAUAAUCCACCUUUUCCCUUGUUGGAGCAUUUGACUCUUAAUCGAGUCAAGGCAUGCCCAGAUCCUUUUAAGGAUCUUUUUCAGGGGUUACCGAAACUGCGACGAUUAUCGUUCUCACACACUCCCAUCCAUGCUCUCGAAGCACUGCUACCAUCGCAACUUUUGCAUGACUCCGAAGUCGGAACCAUAGUGACUGUCCCAUGUCCCGACAUAGACUCGCUUCAAGUUUUUGGAGCUAGCAACGACGCGCAUCAUACCGUGGGUUUCGUGAUGAGCGAAAGGACCAGGCAUGGAGUAUCCAACACGUGUAAUAUUGCGUUGCAUUUCACCAGCGAGAUUCCACCCGAGGCAUUGGAUAUAAUGGUGGACAUGUGUGGAAACGCUAAGUUUUCUGUUGCUGAGAUGUAUACAGAUCUCGACUGGGAGAUGGAUGAUGAAUCAGACGACGGGGAUCCUUAUGCGCCUGGUGGCGCUUUUAAUGAUCUUGAAUUCGAUGAGUUUUAUACUCAGAGUGCUUUACUUUCUCAUUGA